AUGGCUAGUUAUGAACGUCCAGAACGUCAAUCGUACUAUAACCCUCAAUCCAUAGAGACCCAACUAGCAUCCCAACAGAAAAGAUCCACAGCACACCGUCGUAUAAUAGACCAUGGGGCAUCAUUUGGACGUUGGUCGAUAUACAAGAAAUUAAACCAUAAACAACCAAAACUAGGACAUAUAAGACCAGAAGCAUCAUAUACCAUAGAUCUAUUACCUGUUAUUGAUAAUAAGAAGGAGCCAAUCAUAGAUACCCCCACAAAGUUUGUUCAUCUAAGUUCUAAUAAGGCUAAACAUGCAAUUCAUUGUAUCAAAUGGACACCAGAAGGUCGUAGAUUAUUAGUUGCCUCACAUUCUGGGGAGUUUACAUUAUGGAACGGUAUGACUUUUAAUUUUGAAACUAUUAUGCAGGCUCAUGAUACUGCUGUGCUAAGUUUGGAAUAUUCUCAUAAUGAUGAUUGGUUGUUAAGUGGUGAUCAAGAUGGUGUUUUAAAAUUUUGGCAACCAAAUUUCAAUAAUCUAAACAUUUUAAAAGCUCAUGAUGAUGCUAUUAGAGAUGUUAGUUUUGCUCCUGGGGAUGGGAAAUUCGUUACAGCUUCUGAUGAUUCAAGUUUGAAGAUUUGGAAUUUUAGUAAUGGUCAAGAGGAAAGAGUUUUAAAAGGUCAUAAUUGGGAUGUUAAAUGUGCAGAUUGGCAUAGUUCAUUAGGUCUAAUCGUUAGUGGGUCAAAGGAUAAUUUAAUCAAGUUAUGGGAUCCAAGAACUGGGAAUUGUAUUUCAACAUUACAUGGGUUUAAACAUACAAUUACUAAAACCAAAUUCCAACCGUCCCAGGAUUCUUAUUUAUUAUCUUCGAUAUCAAGAGAUCGUUCAAUGAGAAUAUUUGACCUAAGAACAAUGAAGGAUUUGUUCAUAUAUAGAUCCGAAGUUGACCUAAGUUCAUUAGCAUGGAAUCCAAUACAUCAUGAAAUGUUAACAACAGGAGGAUAUGAUGGUUCAAUGAAUCAUUAUAAUUUAAACAAUUUAGUUCCUGAUACAUUAGAAACUAUUAAACCAUUCCACACAAUCCCAUAUGCACAUGAAAAGGCUAUUCAUUCAUUAGAGUAUCACCCAUUGGGACAUCUUUUAACAAGUGCUGGUGCUGACAGAUCUGCAAGAUUUUGGUGUAGGGGACGUCCAAAUGAUCCAAAUGUUUUCAAUGAUCCUCCAUAUACUAACGAUAAAGUUGGUGCUUGGUAUUUUGCCAUUAAUAAUGCUGUUAAUGCUGUUGUUCCUGCAAAUGAAAAUGUUGGUAAACAAGUUGGUAAUUCGAAUAAUUCAAAUAAUGGGUAUAAUGAUAGAAGAUCAUAUAAUUUACCUGGUUUGGAUGGUGGUGAUUAUGAUGGUGGGAAUAAUAGUAAUAAUAGUAAUGGAUUUAAUCUUCCUGGGUUAGGUUAUUAG